GCCAAAAUCACAGCUGUAACCUGUCAAAAAAAUGGAGCGAGCGAUGUUAAUCGCUCGCGUCAGUUAACCUUAGAAAAAUGUUUUAUAAGUUAUUAAUUGGGACGUACUAGAUUUAUAAAAAAAAUUUAAAUAUAUUGUGUAAAAAAUGGCAAAUUCAGCUAAUAGAAUCGUCGUCCUGGUCGACAUGGAUUGCUUCUUCUGUCAGGUCGAGACGAAGCUGCAACCACAACACGAAGGAAAACCGCUCGCUGUUGUUCAAUAUAAUCAAUGGGAAAUGGGCGGCAUAAUAGCUGUUAAUUACCAGGCACGAAGUUUUGGAGUAACCAGGCAUAUGAGAGGAAAGGAAGCUAAAGAAAAAUGUCCGGACUUGGUUUUAGUUACCGUUCCAUGUCUUCGUGGAAAAGCAGACACAUCAAGGUAUAGGAAAGCUGGUAGCUCGGUUAUUAAAGUUAUAAAAAAACACUGUAAUGUGAUAGAACGUGCAAGUGUCGAUGAGGCAUAUCUUGAUAUUACAGAUAUUGUUGAUAAAAGAUUAACUGCAACUAAUAUUACUCCAAAGGAACUAAUAUCAUCUCUUGCAAAUACAUAUAUUGUAGGAUAUUCAGAAAUUAAUAAAAAUGAUGAAGAAGAGAGAUCUCAAGGGCUACAGACUUGGAUACUGGACACUUUUAAAGAACUGCAUGAUAUUAAAGCUCAGAAACUUGCCGUAGCUGGUGUAAUAGUAGAAGAAAUAAGGGCUAGCAUAUAUCAAGAAACUGGAUUUAGAUGUUCUGCUGGAAUUUCACAGAAUAAGAUAUUAGCAAAAUUAGCGUGUGGAUUACAUAAGCCGAAUUGCCAAACAAUUUUGCCUGAAACAGCUGUUCCAAGUCUUUACUCUACACUACCGGUAAAAAAAGUUCGAAAUCUUGGUGGAAAAUUUGGCGAUAUUGUGGUCGAAUCUCUUGGUUGCAAUGUUAUGGGAGAUUUAUUGCAAUAUUCUUUAGAACAAUUACAAAAACGAUUUGAUGAAAAAACAGGUUUGUGGCUAUAUAACAUUGCCCGAGGUGUAGACAACGAACCUGUCACUAACAGAUUAUUAUCAAAGUCUAUUGCCGCAUUUAAAAAUUUCCCUGGAAAACAAGCUAUUACCUCAUUAGAAGUGUUAAAGCACUGGGCUGGAGAUUUGGCUGCAGAAGUUUGUGAACGACUUGAACAAGAUUUUGAAGAGAAUCAGCGACGCGCGACGCUACUCACUAUCUUUUAUCAUUACUGUCAGGACAAAAAUAUCGUAUCGCAAACACGUUCGCUCGCUUUGAACUCGUAUAAAUCAGAAAAAGUAGCAAGUCAAUGCGUGGAAGUUAUCACCAAGUCAACACGAUCUCCAGUGGCGUUUAUGGGUAUUUCUGCUAGUAAAUUCGUACCAUCCAAAGAGAGUGGAAGCUUUCUAAAAUUUUUUAAAAAUGUUAAAUCGAAAGAUAAAGAAAGUAACAAGACAGAUUCUGAUAAAUCGGAUAUUAUAAAUUCGCCUAGAGAUGUGAUAAAUUCCUCAUCUAGUUUAGUAAAAGAAGAAAAGUCAUUUACUAAUGUCAACAAAGAAGACUCAUUGUUAAAAAUGGAAGAGAAACAAAUAAUCAAAGAAUCAGUCGCAACGAUUAGCAAACCGAUGAUUAAAACAAAUAAGAGAGUCCUCAAUAAUUCGUUAAAUAUGAGCGCCGAGGAUUCGCCUAUAUCAAAAAGAGUUGUCAAGUUGAUUCAGGUGUGCAAUGAGCGCGAAAAGGCUGAAUCUAAAGCUAAAUGUCUAUCGAAAAUGACGAUAAAUAAAAACGAUUUUCAAGAUUCGUUUUUUAUGAACAUAUACAAGACUAAAAAAAAGGAAUGUUCUGAUAAUAUCGACGAGAAGAUCGAUGCCGAAGAAUUGGAAUACGGGGAACCAUCUAGCGCGGAUGAAACGGAUGCAAAUAACGAGAACAAUUAUAAUCCUAAUUUAUGCGUACAAGAGGACGCUCACGAAAAACCUUCCACGAGUCGCAUGUAUACCUAUGUAAGCAACAAUAAAGAGUCUUCAGAGAACAACGAAGGAACUUCCGCGCAAGAUCCCUUGAUACGAUUGCGAGAAAUAUUUCCAAAUUUGGAUGAUAUAGAUCCCGAUAUUCUAUCACUGUUGCCGGCCGAUUUGCAGGAAGAAGCAAGAUUACAUACGGAAUCGCGAAGCAAGAAACAAGAGAGCGUUAAGGCGGUUACAGAUUUACCCAAGACGAAGAGAGGAAGACCCGCCAAGUCCAAAAUCGCCAGCAAGAGUGGCAAGAGUCCUUUGUACAAUUUUCUAAUCAAAACCGAUUCGAACGAGAACGACGUGCCACUGGAACGAUGCGCCGAGUGCGAUCAGAUGAUACCUAUAACGAAGUUUUGCGAACACGUGGACUUUCACGUAGCGCAAAAUUUGUAUCGCGAGAUUAACAAGCCUGUGUCGAGCGAGAUGGGUGUAAAAAGGAAACUCGGGAACGCUGAAGCUGAUGUUACUUUCGUGAAACGUCCAACGUCGAGCGAUAAUCACGAAACUACACCAAUAACUACAUUUCUCUCAUAGCUACAUCACUUAUAAAACAAAUAUAUUUUAUCAAUAUUUGUUCUCUCGUCAUGUAUUAUGUGCCUAUAACGUAUAGAUCAUUGAAAAAUUUGUAAGAGAAAAAAGGAUUUUUAAUAUGUAUAUAUUUUGUAUGUU